CCAUCUAGGGAGAAUCGACGAAAACUGCAAAGUGGUCUUUCCACUGGGGGCCGCAUGUUUAUACGCGUAUGGGACUCGACGUAUUAUGGCGCGGUAGUGGAGGGGGAAGUUGUACGAUGAACGGUGGCUCAGUGUUCUCGCGACGCUCGAGACGCAAGGGUGUUAUGUAACGUGUAGUUGAUAUUUUGUGCUCUAACCUAACCUAAAAAAUAUAUAUAUAUAUAUAUAUACACACACACAAAUAUAUAUAUAUAGGAUUCCACGUUGCUCUUUAUCCCUGUUUCCUUUGCUUUUCGUCGAACGUUCGCGAUUCGUUACUGUACGAUCGCAAACUGCAAAUCGAAAGAGCGCGCGCCAUUUAUAAAAAAGUUUCGUGUCGAAAGCGGCGAGAUCGCGGGAUCGUCGGCGAAGGAUCUUCUUUCUCGAUAAUCUGGAGCUCCGAACGAAUUCAAAGGCAGCUUAUCAUGCGGAGGAAAGAGGAGAAGGACACGUCGGUGAAAUUCAUGGAUACGUGAUUGACCAUCUUCCCUCCAAGUCCGUGUGAAAAAAAAAGAGCACUCGAUAGAGGGAAAAGGGAGGACAAAGAGCGAUCGCGAUGGAUCGAUGGCCGGUGCAACUGGCGAUCCUAGGGACGCUGGUCGCGAGCUUACACGCCGCCGUCGACUUUCGACACAUCUCCUACGAAGACCUGGCGGAUGCUAACCUGUUCCAACAAGAUGGAGUCACCACGUACUCGCAACUGCUGUUCGAUGUUGCUAGACAACAGGUUGUCGUUGGCGCUAGAGAUAAUCUGUACCGGUUGACGCUAACCUCGCUGACGCCGCUCGAGCACGCCACUUGGCCAGCCCCGGACGAUAAGAGCAACACCUGUCAGAACAAGGGCCAAAGCGUGGAUGACUGUCGCAACUACGUGAAGGUUCUGCUCACCAAUGGAAAGAGCCUGUUCACUUGCGGCACGUACGCGUUCAGCCCUUGGUGCACGUGGAGAGAGAUCGAGAACAUCAGCAGCGUGACAAGCGAGAUGUCGGGUGUAGCGAUGUGUCCUUACUCGCCGCACGCGAACGUAACCGCGUUAUUAGCCAGGGGGCCAACAGGCGGCCUGUUCACCGGGGCGCCGACCGAUUUUUCCGGCGCGGAUCCAGCCAUAUGCAGAACGCUCGCCUCGCCGAAUCUUCGCACUCACCAAUACGACUCCAGAUGGCUGAACGAUCCGCAGUUCGUCGGCAGCUUCGAGACGGAGGACCACGUGUACUUUUUAUUUCGCGAAUCGGCCGUCGAGUACAUCAACUGCGGCAAGAAAAUCUACUCGAGAAUAGCGAGGGUGUGUAAGAAUGACCGCGGUGGUCAAAUUAUGAUGAAAGAGGUCUGGACGACGUUUAGCAAGGCGCGAUUAAAUUGUUCUCUACCUGGCGAGUUUCCUUUCUACUACGACGAGAUUCAGGGCGCGGUCUAUCAUCCGGAAGAGGGCAUCGUUUACGCGACGUUCACCACGCCCAUCAAUGGAAUUGCCGGCUCGGCGAUAUGCGCGUUCAACAUGUCGGCGAUCACCGCGAGCUUCAACGGGCCUUUCAAGCACCAGGAGAAUUCGGGCGCCGCCUGGGAGAGGAGGCCGGUUUCUCAUCAGAAUCGUCAACGAUGCGGCAACACGGCGAACGUCGCUCCACAUCAGAUCAUAGACAAUCAGAGGUACCAGCUGAUGGACGACGCGGUUCAGAGCACCACUCUGGGACCGCUGCAUACAGCUCUACUCGAGAGAUUCACGUUGAUCGCACUCGACGUCACGCCGACUAAACUGCACCGCGGCGUCACUGUCCUGUACGUGGCUACCGACGUUGGCCUGAUCAAGAAGAUCUCGGUUUUACCGCGUACGCAGGAGACCUGUGUCGUUGAAGUCUGGGGUCCCUUGCCCUCGACACCGAUGACCAUGCAGUUCUUGAAAGACACGCAGAGUCUGUACGUCGGCACCGAGCUCGGCCUCUCGAGGAUACCAGCUGCACAAUGCCACAGACAUCGAAGUCGCCAGGCCUGUCUGAACGCUCAGGAACCGUAUUGCGGUUGGAACGAGCAUCUGAUGAAAUGCGCUCCAGCUCCGAAGCAAAACCAUCUAGCUAAUCACUGGCAUCAAGAAGUCACCAAGUGUCCUGUUCUCACGGAUCCUGUGGAUGGUGGUUGGAGUGCCUGGAGUUCUUGGUCCUCGUGUCAACAUGGCAAUACGGAUCACGCACACUCUCAUUCACACGUCCAUUUGCACCCUCACACCGAGACGGUGUUGGACACUUGUCAGUGUCAAACGCGAGACUGCAACAACCCGCCUCCGCAGCAUGGCGGAGCAACUUGUUCAGGAGCUAGGGUCAGGGUGACGAACUGCACGGUUCACGGUGGCUGGACAGCCUGGUCAGCCUGGUCAGCGUGUUCGCAAACGUGUGGCUUCGCGAUGAAAACACGUCGGCGCACGUGUACGAAUCCAGCACCGGCUUUCGGUGGAAGAGUCUGCGUUGGUCACGAUCACGACGACAUCGUCUGCAUAGAUCUUCCACCGUGCCCUACGCCUGCCAAGGUCGCACCACCGCCGCAACAAACCAUCGGUCAGUGGUCAUCUUGGGGCACUUGGAACGCUUGCUCCCGACCUUGCAACGGUGGAAUACGAAUACGAAGAAGAACGUGCGAGAAUCCUUCGCCACGAAAGUCUCCCACCGUCGAGUGCAAUGGAUGCGACUUCCAGAUCGAAGAAUGCAACUCGCACCAAUGCAUCGAGACGAAAAGAUACUCCGGAUGGACACCGUGGCUAGCGGUGAACGGCAGCCUUCAGAGCGCAAGCAUCGGCUACGUGGAGAAACGGUUCCGAUUCAGUUGCCGUGCUCAGACCGACGAUCCAUCCAGCGUCAGGGUGCAACUGGCAAAGGAGGAGGAACGCUACUGUAGAAACGACGGUUCUUGCCUAAGAGGGAACGUGAAUCAAAAUUCGUACGGUGACCUCGGUACGGAAGCUGGCUGGAGCGAAUGGUCCGCGUGGCGACCUUGCGAUCGUCCAUGCGGCGGAGGUUCCCAACACAGGAUCAGACAGUGCGAGUCACCUCCUUGCGAGGGUUUGUCCGUGCAGACCAGAUUGUGCAACGUGCACCCGUGUCGGUUGAGCCAAGCCGGAAACGCAGCUACCGAGGGCCAGUGGUCCUGUUGGACAGACUGGUCGGAAUGUUCGGUGUCGUGCGGCGUUGGCGUGCGUUUACGAACGAGAGAAUGCCUCGGGCCGGAAAGUUGCGAAGGCCCGAGACUAGUUAGAGAGACCUGCGAGAUGCCUAGCUGCGAGUCUCUGGCCGGUUGGGACUCGUGGUCGCGUUGGACGCCCUGUGACGACGAUCAUCAGCAACAUAGGAAGAGACAGUGUCUUCAACAUGGGAACGGACUGUGCCAGGGGCUCGGCAGAGAGACCCGCGAUUGUUUGCCCGAUUGCAUGGAUAACGACGUGAACGCUCUAAGAUCAAGCAUAGAACGUUCGGGUGUAACUAUCGGAGCUGUGGUGGGCAGCUGCGUAGUCGGAUUCCUGGUUGGCUUGGCCGUGACCGCGGUGUUGAGCUUCUGUUAUCUGAAGCGGCGUCAACAGCGAAUUCCUGGCAGCCCUCACUACAUCAGCAAACAAAACUCCUACGUCUCGGUUCCGUUGAAGGAUGUAAAUGCCAAAAGGCAGCCGAGUUUCUCCGGCAGCACGAACGGUAACGGAACUCUUCGCAGCAAGAACAAUCCGAACGUGAACGGCCUCGGAAGUCCGAAACUGUACCCAAAGAGUUUAGACUACGAGUCUGCUACGUUGAAGCGUAACAGCCACGGCCAGCAACAUAUCCGAGUCGAUCCUGAUCAGGACAAAUACUACUGAACGGGCAGCGUGCAAUAAGAAAUGAACAAAUUUCUACUAGGCGGAUUCUCGCGUUUCAACUAUUCAACGCGAAGAUCCGUAGCAUCUAACGAAGAAAAGACAUAUCGCCAUGAAGGCGUACUGCGAGAACGGCGGGCGAGAAACUAACGAACGCAACCACGACGUGACCAUCCGCCUCUUCUGUAAUUUCGAGCCACGAAUGCUACGAGAAGCAACCUACGAAAGUAGGAGAGACGAGCUUUCAAAAGAAAAAAAAGGAUUAGAAGGAGGUGUCAAGAAACGCGGACAGAUCGCCUGCAUCAUCCAGUGAUAUUCAUAGAAUUGUUUAUUUGAGAGAUUUACAGAGACGAUCGCUUUCAGUUUCGCGUCGAACGAUUCAGUGCCAUCGUUACGUCGAACGCGUGCAUCGCUUAGUAAUCGACAAAGGACGAGCACGUAACGUGUACCUAUUAAACGUGUGUGGAUGCGCGAGUGUGGCGUGUGUGUGUGUGAGAGAGAGAGAGAGAGAUCUUGAAAGAGAGACCGUGAACGAAUGAAGAUUCGAUAUGAUUCGCGCUAUUUUCACUAUUGGCUCACAUUGAGUCGCGGUCACGCGCGUCGAAGAAAACGAGAAGAAGAGAAAGCAAAAAAAAAAAAAAAAAACGAUCGUGAGACUCUCGAAAUUCGAAACUCAACCGUAGACCACUAAUUUCACUAAUUUUUGGGUCGACGAGUCACGCGCUGCGAACGAGUGUACAAACAGACGACGCGACGUUCCGCGAUCGAGCGAACAUUUCGCGACGCCCAGAAUGGCAUAGAAUCAUGCAAUAAAACGAACAAUAACGCCCGCAA